CGCUCACCGGACAGGAAGCGCCUCGAAGAGAGUCUGCGACCGGACGCCUCUAGGUGAGACAGAAGCCAAACAGGAGGAGGAAGUGGAGGGACUGAACUUUUGAAAUACUUCCACCAUGACUAAGAGAGAAGCAGAAGAACUGAUAGAGAUUGAGAUCGAUGGGACUGAGAAACCGGAGUGCACAGAAGAAAGCAUUGUGGAACAAACCUAUACCCCAGCUGAAUGUGUAAGCCAGGCCAUAGACAUCAAUGAACCAAUAGGCAAUUUAAAGAAACUACUAGAACCAAGACUGCAGUGUUCUUUGGAUGCUCAUGAAAUUUGCCUACAAGAUAUUCAGCUGGAUCCAGACCGAAGUUUGUUUGAUCAAGGAGUGAAAACAGAUGGGACUGUACAGCUUAGUGUACAGGUAAUUUCUUACCAAGGAAUUGAGCCAAAGUUAAACAUUCUUGAAAUUGUUAAGACUGCGGAAACAGUUGAAGUGGUCAUUGAUCCAGAUGCCCACCACGCAGAAGCAGAAGCACAUCUCGUUGAAGAAGCUCAAGUGAUAACUCUUGACGGCACCAAGCAUAUAACAACCAUUUCAGAUGAGACCUCAGAGCAAGUGACGAGAUGGGCCGCUGCACUGGAAGGCUACAGAAAAGAGCAGGAGCGCCUCGGGAUCCCCUAUGAUCCUAUACAGUGGUCCACAGACCAAGUCCUGCAUUGGGUGGUUUGGGUAAUGAAGGAGUUCAGCAUGACUGAUAUAGACCUCACCACACUCAACAUUUCGGGAAGAGAAUUAUGUAGUCUCAACCAAGAAGAUUUUUUUCAGCGGGUCCCUCGGGGAGAAAUUCUCUGGAGUCAUCUGGAGCUUCUUCGAAAAUAUGUUUUGGCAAGCCAAGAGCAACAGAUGAAUGAGAUAGUUACAAUUGACCAGCCUGUGCAAAUUAUUCCAGCAUCAGUGCCUUCUGCUACGCCGACUACGAUUAAGGUUAUAAACAGUAGCGCAAAGGCAGCUAAAGUUCAAAGGUCCCCAAGGAUCUCAGGAGAAGAUAGGAGCUCACCGGGGAACAGAACAGGAAACAAUGGUCAGAUCCAACUAUGGCAGUUUUUGCUUGAACUUCUUACUGACAAGGAUGCUCGAGACUGUAUUUCUUGGGUUGGUGAUGAAGGGGAAUUCAAGCUAAAUCAGCCUGAAUUAGUUGCACAAAAAUGGGGACAACGUAAAAACAAGCCUACAAUGAACUAUGAGAAACUUAGCCGUGCAUUACGGUAUUAUUAUGAUGGGGACAUGAUUUGUAAAGUUCAAGGCAAGAGAUUUGUGUACAAAUUUGUCUGUGACUUGAAGACUCUGAUUGGAUACAGUGCAGCGGAACUGAACCGCUUGGUCACAGAAUGUGAACAGAAGAAGCUUGCCAAGAUGCAGCUCCACGGGAUUGCUCAGCCAGUCACAGCCGUGGCACUGGCUGCUGCCUCUCUCCAGACAGAAAAGGACAAUUGAGAUCUAGGACCUCCUGAGAAGUCUUAAGGUUUUUCUUAAAUAUUUAGAGCAAGCUUUGCUCUAACAUUUAUUACUGAAUUUGAAUCUUAUUUCUAGAGUGUACAAUCUGAUGCAUGAUUUUUUAUAAAUAUUUCAUACUCUUGUGAAUUUGAAUCUUUUUACGUUGAGCAUAUAUUUUAGAAUAUGUUAAAGGAUCACCACGAUGCCUGCAGGCGAGAGCAGGUUCAUCGGGGGUAGUUUGCUAACAGUCAGGAAAGCUAAACUGGUCAGUAUUAAUGUCUACCCUACCAAAAAAUAGCCAGGAGCGUCUGAAGAUGACAGGAAGGAAGCAUUUCCAGGAAGCAGCCUGGAGUAGCCACUGCUGGAGUGUAGCUGUUUCCUCUCUGCUGCUUUACAUAGAGCCUGAAAAGGGAAUUUUCAGCUAAAGCAUGUGUGCCUGUUUCAUCUAAUCAAGCAGAGCUAAACAGUCAUAUCAAAUAAAAUUAUAUGAUAAUUGCUAAACUAUCAGGUUAUUAAUUUAUAUAUUUGCAAGUAAAAAAUAAGUUAACUGGCAGAAGAAAGUGUUGAAUGAGACCCAGGUUUAAAGCUGGCUUAACUCAAACCAUUAUUAAUGGUUUCUGUGUAGAUUACUCAUUAUGUCAAGCCAAGGACUUAAAUUAUUUUGAGAGAGGCAUUUAAUUCUAAUAAACCAGCUAUUGCAAAAAUUUCAAAAUGAUAUCAUUUUUUUCUCUCAGACUUUAAAGUAUACCUCAGUUAGAAAGAAGAAAUUGGUUUAGUUUUGACUUCCUCUUUUUAAAGAAUUAAUCUAUGGUACCAGAUUAUUAUGCAACACCAUUUAUAUAUUCUCUUCUGUGUUUCUGACAAAAUGAAGACUUUAGAUCAGACGAAAGUGUUUAAGGUUUGAAGUAAGUUCCUUGUGAAUAGUUAUGAAAGGGUGUUUGCCUGGGCUCUGUAGGAGAUCUUCUUUAAAUAAAGUUUCCCACUUGUUUCAUUUUUUUCUUUUGAAUAUUGCA